UAAAUUUCCCGCUAAUGAAGAGUUGCUCACACCUUCCUCUGUUUGCUAACACUCCCAAAGUCCCAACUCCAAAACACAGCACAUCCAACACUCCGACACAACACCGUCCGUUCCUCUUAUAGUCUUUUUCUUUGUUUGAAUUUGACAGAAUAGUAAUGCAUGGGGGAGAGAGUGAUAAGGUUGUGAACCAGAGAUAAAACAGUGGUAGUGAUGGACUGUGUUGGAGCUCGAAACAUUGCAGCAAUGGCGGCUGUUCCUUCCUUUUCUUGGAGGUCUAGAACAAGGAGAUUGAGUGGGAGACGCUCGACUCGGAGGUCAUAUCGUUAUCAUUCUUGUUUACCGACUAUACGAGCAGGGGCAAGUGGCGGGAAGGAUAGUUGUGUGGUGAUUAAGGAAGGCUUCGGUGAUGAGGAGGAUAAUGUUAAAGCUGGGGGUUCUGAGCUUCUUGUCGUUCAAAUGCAGCAGACGAAGUCCAUGGAGAAGCAGGCCAAGAUUGCUGAUAAGGUGAUUUUGUAGGUUAUCCUCCUGGAGAUCAAGAGCCGGGCCCCACUGUGGAGUUUUCCUCUGAGGACUGGUCGGUCCCUGAUGAAUUCGAACACGGUGCCGAUUGCAUGUGCAAGGAUUGUGCCGCAUAGC